GGUUUUAGUGGGGGCGAGACUGGUAAUCGGUACGGCGACGUCGGCAAUCUGAACAAAUAUAAAAACAUUCAUGGUACUGACAAAUGCGUAAUUUUUACGUGUUGUUGCACAACAAUGAUACAAUAUUUGAUCACAUAAUUAUACCAAAUCGUUAACAAUAUACUUUGCACCGUUUAAAAUUAUUAUUUACAUAAAGUGGUUGAAGUAACAGUCACCAUGGGAUGUUGCCCAAGCCUUUGCAAAGAAGACAAUGGGCCGCAGGUAUGUCAAGUGGUGACGCAGUAAACGAGAGGACACGUUUGCUGGUAAAUCCGGUCAGCAAUACACCAAAUAUCCCAACAGCGCACAGUGACGAUUAUAUUAAUCCAUAUACGAGCCCUGUCCCAAAGAAGACUGAUGAACAAAGCGCCCUAAACCGAAUCUUGCAGGAAACUGCUGCCAAUGUGAUCGAUGUCGGUGCUCUUGACUCGCACAAUUUGGAACAGCACGAAUACAUGGAUAGGUCAAAAGCAUAUGCUAAAAGGAUAGAAGUUAUCGGUGUUCAAAUACCUGACCACCCGCCUUGCCUAUUAAAGGAUAUACCAGCCCCCGAGAGGGUGUUAGCGGAGGAAGGGCUGCCCCAGCAGGAUCGAGAAAUGAUUACGGAUAUGAUGAAUAGUGCGGUAACCGCUUUGAGCGAGAUACAGGUGGAACACAAAGAAGAUUUAGUCGUACCCUUCCUGUCGUGACUGCAUUUCAAUCAGGAAGAAGCUCGAGCCUAAAAUUUUAAUAUGUCUAAUGGCGUGUAUAACAGCUGUAAGAAGGAAAUCAAAUUUUCUACUCAUUACCACAUUUAUUUCUUGUUACAGAUCAAAGUUAUAGUAGAUAUUAUACUUGUUCGCCACAAAAUCUUUAUCCCAAUUCAAUUUUGAGCUUUAUACUUAGGCGGCAAUGGAAAUAUAUUAAUUUAGCUCAUGCUAAUUCUAUGCUCGUCAGAAACUCUCGAUAUUAGAUUUAUCCACUAAUUUUUAUUAUUUACUGGUUCUAUACUUUUUUUUUUUUUUUUCACUUUUUUAGUGUACUGGCAUUGCAAACCAAAUAUUGUUUAUCGUGUAAUCACUCGCGAAUUGAUUCUAUGAAAAUCAUAAUUUUAAAUGAUUGUAAAUAACGUUUUUCUCUCGUAACGUUUUAAAAUAUUAUUCGGAAGUGUUGAGAAACCGGCGUAAUGAAAUUCUUUUGGACUGUGUUUAAAAAUCCCGCUUUUUGUGGAUGACAACGUUGCAUAUUAUGCUUAUCAUAUUGUAUAAAUUGGUUGAGGAGAAAUGUGAGCUGCUAGUGCAGGCAUGAUUGGAAAAUGUAUUUUGUUGUAAUAGCUUGAAGUUAUACAAAAUGUUGAAUACCCAUGGCAUUAAAAAAAUGUGAAUAUGAUGUAAUAAAUAAUCUGUUUCAUUUGUAA